AUGGGUUCGGCUCCCGCAACCGCCGCCGCCGCCUUCCCCACCUCCCCCGACGUCGCCAUCGCCGGCGCGCUGCUCUUCCUCGCCGACUCCUCGACCGCGCCGCCUCUCCCCACCCUCAGCGACGAGCUCUCGUCCUACUCGGCCUCCUCCUCCCACUCGGCCACCUCGGCGAGGUCGUGCGUGUCCGACUCCGCGCGGCGCAUCGACCCCCUCCGCGCGCUCGCCGUCGUCGCGUCCCUCCGCCGCAUCGACCCGAAGGUGCUGGAGAAGGCGACCAGCAAGCUGUUCCUGGGCGAGGCGCCGAGGAAGCGGAAGGGCGUGUGGAUCCAGAUCAGCGACGACGAGGACGAGAGGGGCAGCGCGGUGGCCAGCGAGGGGAGCGCCAUCACGGCCGCCACGUCAGCCGCGUCCGCCGGAUCCACGGCCACGUCGGGGAGAUGCAGGCGGCCUCCGCGGGCGAGUGGCGCGGGCGGGUACCUGACGGAGCGAGCGGACGCGAUCAUGGAGUGGCUCUCGCGGCCGAAGGCGGUGCCGGCAACAGAGGCGGCCAUCCGCGCGGCUGUCGGCGACAACGCGAAAACCAGCAAGGCUAUGCGCUGGCUGCUGAAGCAGGAGAGAUUGCGUCGUGCAGGCACCGGUGGCCGUUUUGAUCCGUAUGUGUACAUGGUUGCAGGCUGACCUGGUGAGGAUAACUUAGUUGUGUUAUAGCCAUGGAGUUUGCGCAUGUAGAGCUAUUGGUCUAUGGGAGAGGCCAAGUCAACCUCUGACGGUGCUUAGUAAUUUCUACUACUGUUGUUUAAUUGCUCCAGUUUUCCCUAGCUUUCCUGCAUAUAUGAGGAUAGGAUAUAAAGUCUAGGUUUUCAUGUUAACAAUAGCUUGCAAAGUAAUGGCGAUAAGCUCUUUGAUAGAAAGAUAAAAUGAUAGUCAUAGAUAGCAGUUCUAUAGUAAUGCAGUCAUUAUUCAUAUAUGUUGAAUCAGUUACUUGGAAAAAUAAAGAGAAGGAACAGGUACAGUCGAAUACGUUGAGUUC